GACCAAACGGCAUAUAAAACCCCGCGUGUGGCUGAAAGCGCUCAUUCUGAAGUCUGGACUGGUGGAAAAAAGUUGUCUCCUCGAGCGCGCGGGAUUUUUUUUAAAUUGUCUCUGGUAGGAUGCGUGGAGUGUUCCUAUUGGUGCUCGCGGCCAUGCUGGUCAUGACGCAUGCGCAGUUGACGUUCACGCCCAACUGGGGAAAACGGUCCGUUGGAAGAGACGAUGGAUGUAAACCUGGGGAGACGUUACUGGCCAUCUAUAAGCUGAUUGAGAAUGAAGCAGAAAGGCUGCUAGCAUGUCAAAAAUAACUCUCCGACCACGCCCGCACACACGACGACGCACGCUGUUUAUACCUAGGUCUAGAAAAUAGUUUAGGUACCACUUAGAAAUAAAACACACUUUAGAUGGG